AUGUAUUUCUUGUUUCUUCUCUAUAAGCCCCUCCAUUCUCCCCCCUCCUUUCUCUUUCUCUAUAAGCCCCCUCCUUCCUCCUUGUCUAUAAAUCCCCUCCUUUCUCAUUCUCUACAAGCCCCUCCAUUCUCCCCCCUCCAUUCUCGUUCUCUAGAAGCCCCCUCCUUUCUUUUUCUCUAUAAGCCACCUCCUUUCUCUUUCUCUAUAAGCCCCCUCCUUCCUCCUUCCCCUCCUUCCUCCUUGUCUAUAAAACCCUCCUUUCCCAUUCUCUACAAGCCCCUCCAUUCUCGUUCUCUAAAGCCCCCUCCUUUCUUUUUCUCUAUAAGCCCCUCCUUUCUCUUUCUCUAUAAGCCCCCUCCUUCCUCCUUGUCUAUAAACCCCUCCUUUCUCAUUCUCUACAAGCCCCCUCCUUUCUCCUUCCUUUGCAAGUCCAGUUCUUUUUUGCCCCGCUUCUUUCAUCUUCGUAAGACCUCUUCUUUCUUCUCUGCAAGUCCACCCCCCCCACCUUCGUCCUUCUUUGUAAGACCUCUUUUUUCUCCUUCUCUACUUCUCUCUCUCUCUAUGCAACGCCUAUUCUUUCUACUCUGUAACCCCCCUCUUCUUUCUCCUCUGCACAUUCUCUUCUGUCGUUUCUCGGUGUACCUCGCCCUUUCUCAUUCUCUGCAACCCUCUUUCUUUUUCCUUUUCUCACUUAUUCUCUUAUCUAUGGUCUACUUUCUUUUGGAAAAAGAUUCGAUCUCAGCUAUUCUUGCAUCUUGA